AUGUCCUCCGAAGAGCUUUUUGCCAUUCGCAACCAAUUCUACUCCAGUCAGUACUCUGAGGUUAUCAGCAAUCACGAUAUUGAUAAUGUCACCACUAACGAAAUCAAACAAUACAUUCUUCGUUCGUACCUUGCCCUUGGACAAUACUCCAAGGUCAUUGAGCUUGCUAAUAACGAACCUGAACUUGCCGGCUUAGUAUACUACUCGAAAUAUUUGUCUGGUGAUCAGUCAAUCGCUGAUGAAUUUGUCAGUUAUGCGAAAUCCAAUAAACCUUCAUUAUUAACCCAGAUUCUCGCCGCCAUUGUACUUGUCAAGCAAUACCAACGCUACGAUGACGCUAUCGAGCUCUUGACUUCGGAUAUCAAUAUGGAAAAUCACGAUGAGUUGAACUUGGAAGUUUUCUCAGUGAUUGUCCAAAUUUAUUUAUUGCAAGACGCAUUGCCAAAAGCCAAAAACUUUUUGAAAAAGUUCAGUCAUUUGAACAUCAAUGAUUCGGUAGUUUAUAACUACAGUGAUGCCUUGGUAAGUUUGGUUCAAGGUGGAUCUACUGCCACCCAACACGCAUUCUACUUCUUCGAGGAAAUUUCUCAUUCUCUGAGAUCAUUAAAAAACUUGACGUUCAUGAUGGUGGUGCAUUUGCUUUUGAACCACGUUCCAGAAUCUUCGGAGAUCAUGGAACAGAUUGAUGAAUUGAUCGCCAAUGAUGAUUCAUUGAAGGCUGACGAACACUACUUGACAUAUUUAAUCAACAAGGCUAAAGUUUUGAUCAUCAAUAACCAGGGCAGCGAGGCUUUGCAAUUGAUCAAUAAUGAAAUCUUGAGUACCGCAGACCAGAGUCAUCCAUACGUCGUGGACUAUAAUGACAAAAUCGCAUUGUUUGAUGGAGUGGUCGACAAAUAUGCCGCGCAGAUAUCUAACUAA